CGAGAAGACACCAUAAAAAUAUUGCCGGUUAUAUUGGUAUUCUUCAAAUAAACUGUACUAAGUAGAUUGAAUACCACCACCACAGAUUUCGAGGUUGACACAUUGAACACCGAUAACAGAAGCUAUAAAUUGCAGUCAAUCUGGAAACUUGUUUGUUUAUUGUUUAUCAGAAGAGUGCAUCAAUGAAGUAGCGGAAAUAACUUUAAAGAGAUAUUAAUUUUUAUUUUUAAAGUUCGUGCGUGUGGUAUCUGGAAUAUCCAUAAUGUAUGAAUCGUCCACAUUGACAACGGUACUUCUAGGUGCAUCAGUGACACUCGUAGCCUAUAUAAUAUGGUACUUCCAUAAUACUUUCCAGUACUGGAAGAGAAGAGGAAUCCCCGACAUCAAGCCCACUAUUUUUCCAUUCGGUAACACCUUGAAUCUCUAUCUAGGAAAACAAACAUUUGGUGAAGUAUUUUCCAAUGCAUAUUUAGAAUUUAAACGAAGAGGCGAGAAACAUGGAGGGAUAUAUUACAUGAACAGACCAGUUUAUAUCCCAGUAGAUCCCGAAAUCAUCAAAAAAAUCAUUAUUAGCGACGCCCACUACUUUCCCAAUCACUCGAUGUAUAUCAGUCCCAAAGACGAUAUUCUAUCUGGACAUUUGUUUAACAUGGAAGAUAAGGAAUGGAAGAUACUUCGAACUAAGACUCCCUCCAUUUUUACAUCCGCUAAAAUGCGAAAGAUGUACCUGAUCAUGCAAAGAAUGGUGGAUCCCUAUAAAGAGUGGUUGGAUAAAUUCUGUGAAACACAAGAAGCAGUAGACAUCAAGAGCGUUGUUUCACGUUUUACAACUGACAUAAUCUGCGCAUGUGCUUUCGGCAUCGACACCAACACGCUCAAGCUCCAAAACGAAGAACUCCUGCAACACGCGCGUAUGUUCUUCGACUACCAAUGGAAACUCUCCAAAAACACUGCGGUGAUGGCACUUCCAAGGAACUUUUUACGCGCUAUCAAAUUUAGAAUAUUUCCAAAGAGCACUGAGAAAUACGUUCUUGAGAUGUUCACUGAUAUAUUCAAUUAUAGAAAGGAAAAUAAUAUCUUCAGGAACGACUUAACGGACACACUCAUGCGAUUAACCGAAAAGAACGAAGACGAGAAGGACUACACAGGAGAAAACGUGAUUGAGCCAAUGGAUCUCAAAGAAUUUUCAUGUCAAAUGUUCCUGUUCCUCUGCGCAGGCUUUGAAACUUCAUCCACUACCCAAACUUUUGCGCUGUAUGAACUAGCAAAGAACCCAGAUGUACAGUCGAAAUUGAGGAGCGAGAUCAAUAGGGUUUUGGCUAAACAUGACAAUAAAUUGACGUAUGAUGCCCUAAUGGAUAUGAAGUAUUUGGAACAUUGUGUUGAUGAGGCACUCCGAAUAUACCCCAUAUUUCCCAUACUAGGAAGAGGAUGUAAGGAAGAUUAUCCAAUUCCUGGGACAGACUUUACAUUAGAAAAAGGCACAUUUGUUAUGGUUACCAAUAUGGGAAUACAAAGAGAUCCUGAAUACUAUCCCAAUCCACUUCAAUUCGACCCGGAACGAUGGACCUACGAAAACAGCCUUAACAGACCAUUUGUGGCUAAUAUGCCGUUUGGAGAAGGACCCAGAAUUUGCGUUGGUAAACGUUUUGGCCUUCUGCAGACGAAAUUAGGACUAGCAACAUUAAUAAAAGACUACGAAGUCAGCCUUAGUGAUAAAACUACAAAAGGAUUUAAAUUCGUGAGCUCCCAGUUGAUUCUAAGAAAGGAAGGUGAUAUUUGGGUUAAUCUGAAGAAAGUAAAUAGUUAGAAACUUUCUAGCUGGUGAUAUAUUUAGGAUUAAGUAAUAUUAUUAUUAUUUCAAGAAUUAAAAAUGAAGUGCUUAAAAUAGUUAAAUCAUGAGCUUUAAAUAAUUUGAAUUUUACAUGGAGUCUGAAGUUUAGGCGCGUUAUUGGUUCAUAAAAUCUUGCUUUCAUUUACUUUAAAGACAGAAACGCAUUUGAGAGUCGCGAACGCGACUCGACUCGUCGGGAACUAGUCUAGCUCAGAUUCUUUACGUUGUUUUUAGUCUUCAUGAACGCAUUUGGAAGUCGCGGAUGCGACGAGGACUUAAUUCAAUUUUUAAUGAGAAUCUCAAGUCUUCCACUGUCUUGUCCGCGACGAGUCAAGUCCGCGACUCACUGAUACUCUAAUGCGUUUCUGCCUUAAUUCUCCCCUUUUUAGCCUUUGUAAUAUGUCAAGACUAAAAACUUCAGAAAUAUCGAAAAAAGCUAUUAAACAGUAUUUAUUUUUUACUAGAGAGCUUCAUUAGUAAAUUUAUAGACGCCGUGAAUUUGCUCCGUGGUGAUAAUAUCCCAAAUUAUGCUGUUGUCUAAAUCCAAAUUGAUUAUUUGGAACUAAUUGGCGUUCUGGGAGAAUCAGUUGUAAUUGAGCCACUAGCAGCUUUUUAAAGACCUUGAGUUCAUUGUCAGUAGCCUAAUAGGUCUAUAAAGCUUAAUAGACCCAUUAUUAUACAGUGAUGAGAGCACUAAUAACUGGAAAAUAACGCAAAAGAUGGAAAACAUAAUACAUGUGAAAUAAAAAGAGAUGAAACUAGUAGAGGACAAAAUUAUCGACAUAAACGUAUAAAUUAACAUUACAUUAUGUAUGUUUACUAAUAGCAGGUACUGUACGAAACAAGUAAUAAAAUCAAAACAAGCAAUAAACACUAACAACACCUGUUUAUAAAAUUUAUCCCUUCUGAUAGCUCUAAUAUUGAGAGAAAGCGGAAUUUUCCAUAAGCGCAAAAUACACAAAUUCAAAUUAAUCUGAUUGGUAAAUAUUUCAAAAACGAAACAAAGGAGAUAUAAUAUAGGUAUGUAAUAACAAAAACACAAGGUAAAAACUUACAAUGAGGACGUCAUCGACGAAGUCAACACUAUUCUGCGUCUGUACACAUUCGAGUUCUGGAUGAAUCUCUUGCCUUAUCUCAGGGGGAAGAAACUUCUGGCUUCAAGUGGUAAUAGCCCGAACGUCGGCCACCGCGAUGUGUGGUGUUUUCGAUACGGUUAUAGAAAGGAACACGGGUGUCGACAUGGGUAAAAUGGAUAUGAGUUCAAACUAUUUAGACAACCAAAUCAAUUUUAUGGGAUUUCCAAAACAUUAGAUAGUUUCCUACCUUUAGACGUAUCGGAGGAGUAUGAUAACUGUCACUGUGCCAGGAAAAUUUUAUAAAAUACUCCUGUUACAGACGUAAAGGUGGGAAACUAUGUAAUGUAAUGUUGACUUAUACGUUUAUGUCGAUAAUUUUAUCCUCUACUAGUUUUAUCUCUUUUUAUUUCACAAUGUAUUAUGUUUUCCAUCUUUUUCGUUACUUUACCGGUUAUUAGCGUGCUCAUCACUGUAUAACUUUAUCCAUAAUUAAAUUAAAUAGCACCUGGCUAUCUCCUUGUCUAUUCCUUGAUUAUGGUGUUUGUGUUUUUGUUUGUCGUAAUGGUUCAAAUCCAAUAUGACAUAAGAUAUCCUAAAAAAAUAUAUAUUCUAACUUUUAAAUUAAGUUCCAGACAAAUGUGGUUAAUAUUUUUAAAAUGCAUUGUUUAAAAUGUGUUUAUAUUUUUAAUGUUAAGUUGAUGUAUUUAAUAAAAUUGUUUUUUUUUUU